AAAAGCAUGUGCUGUCGUGUUGGACAAAAAAUACAAAAUGUCUCCCAUAGUGCUUAUCAAUAUUAUACUACUCAGUGCAACAAAUACCGUUAUCGGGUCCGAUCCUGAAAUCGAAAAUGCGCGCGAGGAGAAGCUACGUAGCGCUUUGAUAGACGCUUUUCAGAACAUCAAAAAAGCUUCGUCCAAAGGAGGUGACGAUGAUUUGAGUUCGGAUUUAAUUGGAUCCAUGAUCCCUUUACCGAAUUCGGGUAAGCACGAAAAGUUUACCACUGACGAUAGCUUCGAUCUGUUCGCCGAUGACGAUGGUUUGACUUUUGCUGAAGCUUUCGGCAACGAUGAAACUGCUGAGAAAAAGCAGAUGUCUACUACGGAGAAGUCUCACAAUGUUCAGCAUAUAGUCAAAACUACGAAACAGGUGGAGAAAUCGACUUCGAUACCGAGCAAUAUAAUAGGCAAAUUAGCCGAUUCUAUACGAAAUACAGUGAACGAAAGUAGUAUACAAAUGCCAUUGGUUUCUAAUCAUACGAAUCUUUUGGGACUUGAGAGUAUGCUUCGAGUGGUGGACGCUGAGAUCCUAGUGCUACAGUGGGGUGAACUGCAGAAGUCUGUAAAGGGACAAUGCAAGGAAGAUCUGCAGGAAUAUGUGGAAGGAUUGCAAGACAGAUUGCUGUGGGCUUUGAAAAUGGAGGACGCGAGCGGGCGCUACACGGCGAUGUUCUACUGGGGCAACAACUACUGGACGGGCUCGGCUGAGCUGUGCUCCGUGCUUAAUGAACUGCACGCACCCUCCCGCCAUCACAACCGCAGCGACGGAUCUCAAAUUUUCAGCGAGUGGCGGCAGGACGUGUCUGUAUCCGGACUGGGCCCGCCCUUCGAGACGGCCUUCUACAACGUGCGCAUGACCAUCACCACCGACCUACCGGAAAUCGUCAGAACCCGCCGCACCCUCCAUCUAGGGCUUUGCUUGCCGCGCACGUGUUCCCGGGAGCAAGUGGGCCAGCUGGUGAACGCGGUGCACGCACCGCUGCUGCGACACAAGGUCGUGACCGUGCGCUCGCCGGAGCACGGCGGAUACACAUACCUCUCUGAUCCUACCUUCCAGAUACUUCUAGCCGUCUCCUGCACGGUGGCGCUCCUCCUCGUAUCCGCAACCUUCUACGACAUGCGGAUCGCCCGCGAAGUGCGCUCCCGCAGGCGUCGCGUUGACAACAUGACGGUCGCUGAAAACGGCGCUUCGGACCUGAAGCUUGACCUUAAUGGCCUUGACGCUAUCACCGUGUCCAAAGGCAAAUCAAUGUACAACGUUAACAAUAACAACUCGGAAGAAAGACUGACUUCAGAAACCGCGUCUACUGAUGGAGAACUCAAACUGAGUGUGUGGUCCGAGCUGCUGCUUUCGUUCUCGCUGAAGGCCAAUAUCCUGCAGAUAUUCGACCAGUCGGUGGGCGCGGACACGGUACCCGAGGUACACGGCUUGCGAUUCUUCUCCAUGGUGUGGAUCAUAUUCGGCCACACGUGCAUCGUUGUCUUCAAGUACGCUGACAACACCGCUCUACGAGCCAUCCUAGAGAAGAGUUUCUUGUUCCAACUUGUCCUAAGCGCUGUGUACAGCGUGGACACCUUCUUCUGUUUGGGAGGCAUCCUGGUGACCUUCCUGUACUUCCGCACAAGCGCCAAGGGCAAGCUGGACCGCCUCACGAAGGGCCACCGCAAGGUCACCGCCGGAGUACUGCAAUUCCUCGGCCUCAUCGGAUACCGGUUUGCCAGAUUGACGGCGCCUUACCUCUUCAUGCUGGGCGUAGUGGAAGUGAUCAUGAAAUGGUUCGCCAACAACGCGGUGUUCGAGCCGCCCGCGAUGGACCACGAGACUUGCCCGAAGUACUGGUGGAGGAACCUCCUUUACAUCAACACACUGUUUCCAGUUGAGCAAAUGUGUAUGCUGUGGAGUUGGUACUUGUCAGAUGACACCCAGUUCUACGCAGUCAGCGCCAUCCUCCUCAUUCUGGCCACCAGCCACUUCAAGCUGUCCGCCGUGCUGACGGGACUGUUCUUCCUGUCGUCGCUGGUGACGACGGGCUUUGUGGCGUACAGCAGCGAGCACGUGCACAACAGCGAGGACCCAUUCACGCAAUUCGACAAGAUCUACGACAAGCCGUGGACGCGUCUCGGCCCCUACCUCGUGGGCAUGGCCACGGGCUGGAUACUGUUCAAGACUAACCUCAACAUCAAGAUGGGCAGGGUGUGGGCGUGCGUGGGCUGGGCAGUUUGCACGGCCACGUUCCUGUUCCUAAUCUUCGGGCUGUACCGCACGGAGCUGGGUGCGCUGUCGGCUGCCGUGUACAGCGCACUGUCGCACUCGCUGUGGGCCGCGUGCGUGGGCUGGGUCAUCGUAGCCUGCUCCACCGGACACGGAGGCUGGGUGCGGCCGCUGCUGUCGGCGCCGGUGCUGUACCCCUUCUCGCGCGUGACGUACUGCGCCUAUCUGGUACACCCCGUGGUGCUGCGCUACGUCGCCAUGCAUCUGACACACCCUAUCCACCUGGGAGAGCUGCUCGUGUUCGUACUAUUCCUGGGUCUCACUGUGAUAUCCUACUUCCUCGCGUUCGUCAUAUCCGUGGCGUUCGAGGCACCUAUCGUUACCAUGCUGAAGAUUGUCUCGCCACAGAAGAAGCCUCACAGAGUGUGACACAAUAUUUGCCCAAGCAUUUGCACAAACAUAUGCUUUUACUGAAUACCAGCAUUUUGUCACGGUGAUAAACAUCUCGUUCCAUUCUGUAUGAAAAUAUACUCGUAUAUUAGCCUAACUUGGGGCCUAAAGAACUACGCGGCUAAGCCCUUUACACUAUCAAACGUAACCAAUCCAGUUGACAGCAGGUCUUUUUCAUACAAAAUGUAUAUAUUGAGAGCGACACUGAGAGUUUUUGUCAGAGCGAGACUAAAUUUUGUAUGGAAAUGACACAUCGCUACCAAAUACCUACAUGA